AUGCAAUUGAUCGUCGCCGUAUUUGCGGGCGCGAUUGCGUGUCGCCUGGGAAGUGCCGCGGCUAACAUUCAGAUCCCGCUGCAGGCCCUCGAUGCCAGAGCCGAGCUCGCUCACUCGCCGCCUCACUACCCCUCGCCAUGGAUGGACCCCAAGGCCACCGGCUGGGAGGAGGCCUACGCCAAGGCCAAGGCCUUUGUCUCCCAGCUGACGCUGCUGGAGAAGGUCAACAUCACGACCGGCACGGGAUGGAUGAGCGGUCCCUGCGUCGGCAACGUCGGCGCCGUCCCGCGUCUGGGACUCAAGGCCCUGUGUAUGCAGGACGGCCCUCUGGGCCUGCGCUUCUCCGACUACAACAGCGCGUUCCCCGUGGCCGUCACUUCGGGUGCCACCUGGAGCAAGCACCUAUGGCGCGACCGUGGCAAGGCCAUGGGUGAGGAGGCCAAGGGCAAGGGCGUCGACGUGCUGCUCGGCCCCGUUGCCGGCCCCAUUGGCCGUGCCCCCGAGGGCGGUCGCAACGCCGAGGGCUUCGGUGCCGACCCGUAUCUGCAGGGUCAGGGCCUUGCCAGCACGUCGGUUGGCAUCCAGGAGGCCGGUGUUGUUGCCUGCGCCAAGCACUACGUCGCCAACGAGCAGGAGCACUUCCGCCAGUCGGGCGAAGCCCAAGGCCGCGGCUUCAACAUCUCCGAGUCCCUCUCGUCCAACAUCGACGACAAGACCAUGCACGAGCUGUACGCGUGGCCCUUUGCCGACGCCGUCAAGGCUGGUGUCGGCUCCAUUAUGUGCUCGUACAACCAGAUCAACAACUCGUACGGCUGCCAAAACUCCAAGCUCCUCAACGGCAUCCUCAAGGGCGAGAUGGGCUUCCAGGGCUUCGUCAUGAGCGACUGGCAGGCUCAGCACGCCGGUGCUGCCACCGCCGCCGCCGGUCUCGACAUGACCAUGCCCGGCGACACCACUUUCAACACCGGCUACAGCUACUGGGGUGGCAACCUGACCCUCGGUGUCAUCAACGGCACCGUCCCCGAGUGGCGCAUCGACGACAUGGUGAUGCGCAUCAUGGCCGCCUACUUCAAGGUCGGCAGGACCCUCGAGAACCAGGUGCCCACCAACUUCAACUCGUGGACCCGCGACAGCUACGGCUGGGAGGACCAGGCCGCCAAGGAGAACUGGGGCCUCAUCAACCAGCAGGUCGACGUUCGCGCUAACCACGCCAACCACAUCCGCGAGUCGGCCGCCAAGGGCACCGUCAUCCUCAAGAACUCGGGCGUGCUGCCCCUUGAGAAGCCCAAGUUCGUCGCUGUCGUCGGCGAGGACGCUGGCGCCAACCCCAAGGGCCCCAACGGCUGCCCUGACCGCGGCUGCGAUGACGGCACUCUGGCCAUGAUCUGGGGUUCCGGCACCUCCAACUUCCCGUACCUCAUCACACCCGAUAGCGCCCUGCAGGCUCAGGCCAUCAAGGACGGCACCCGGUACGAGAGCAUCUUGACCAACUACGCCUGGGCGGAGACCAAGGCCCUCGUCACUCAGCCCAACGUCACCGCCAUCGUCUUUGCCAACGCCGGCGGCGGCGAGGGCUACAUCGACGUGGACGGCAACGCCGGUGACCGCAAGAACCUGACUCUGUGGAAGAACGGCGAUGACCUCAUCAAGAACGUCUCGUCGGUCAACCCCAACACCAUUGUCGUCCUGCACACGUCUGGCCCCGUUCUGGUCACGGACUGGUACAACAACCCCAACAUCACCGCCAUUGUCUGGGCUGGCAUGCCGGGACAGGAGUCGGGCAACUCUCUGACGGACAUUCUCUACGGCAAGACGAGCCCCGGCCGAUCUCCCUUCACCUGGGGCCCGACUCGCGAGAGCUACGGCACCGACGUCCUGUACAAGCCCAACAACGGCAACGGCGCGCCGCAAGACGACUUCACUGAGGGCAACUUCAUCGACUACCGUCACUUCGACAAGGCGGCGCCCAACAAGGGCGACAAGGGCGCUCCCAUCUACGAGUUCGGCUUCGGCCUCUCCUGGGGCGAGUUCAAGUACUCGCAGCUUAAUGUGCAGAAGCACAACGUCCGCCCCUACCAGCCCACGACCGGCAAGACCAUCAAGGCCCCCGAGUUUGGCAACUUCAGCACCGACCUCAAGGACUACGCCUUCCCCAAGGGCAUCCGCUACAUCUACCAGUGGAUUUACCCGUGGCUCAACUCGACCGAGUCGGGCAAGGAGGCGUCGGGAGACCCCCAGUACGGCAAGACUGCCAAGGAGUUCCUCCCGCCUGGCGCCAUUGACGGGUCGCCGCAGCCCCGACAGGGUGCCUCGGGUGCUCCCGGUGGCAACCGCCAGCUGUGGGAUGUGCUCUACACCGUCAACUGCGUCAUCACCAACACCGGGUCGCGCAUGUCGGACGAGGUGCCGCAGGUGUACGUCAGCCUGGGUGGCAAGGGCGAGCCCGUGCGGGUGCUCCGCGGCUUCGAGCGGAUCGAGCGGAUCGCGCCUGGCCAGUCGGUGCAGUUCCGCGCGGAGCUGACGCGCAGGGACGUGAGCAACUGGGACGUGGCCAGCCAGAACUGGGUCGUCACCAAGGAGCCCAAGACGGUGUAUGUCGGCAGCAGUUCGAGGAACCUGCCCCUGAAGGCGAGGCUGGAUUAG